CUACGACAUCCCGCUACAGCCAGGCCUACUCCUGGUUUGAUGCCGAAAUACUGCAAUAAUUAUGGUCCAGCUUGUGUGUUGGAAUAGGCGGCUGACACUCACCUUUUCGCAGCGACGCCUAUGUCAGCCGCACUACAUCGAUGCGAUACAGCCCUAUAUAUUCCCGUACAGCCCGUUUUUCACUUCUUCUCCAUUACCAUCAUGUUCAACCAACCGAAAUCCAAGAAGCCUUUUACACCCAUGCGUCAGCUCGUCAUCAACUUCUUGAAGUCCCCAGUGACUUUGGGGAAACGGUCUCGUUCACGCUCCUGCUCCUAAUCGCUUGCGAGGCUCCGAUAUGCACCCCAGGCGGGUCGUCCUGCCUGUUACACAAGAUACACCUGCGCCUGGAAAGAAUAUGGCACUUCCCGCAAUGACUCAACGGUCACCACUCCCAGGAGUUGCUCUACAAACUGAAGACCCUGAAUCAGGUGCAAUCAUCAUCACCUCUCUCGCCGUCCCACCAUUUUGCUGCCAUGAGGACCUGCUUACCAUGCCGCGCAUUCAACUUAUCAAGGUAGCGCAAGCACUCAACGAGAGGCUUCCCGCUGCACUUCAAAUUCCUGUGGGUACCGACGUCAGCGAUGCGCUGAUAAGAAACAGCAUCGAAGUUCUCGUAGG